GUUAUCAGGGGUGCCAGUAAACACAAGGGGACAGGCAGAGAGGAGCAAAGGAAUUGAAACUCUUCUCAGAUGACCAUUAUUAUACUAUAAGCCACAAUGGUGAAGAGCAAAACAAUAACAGUAGAUCAUCAUAGACAUUGUGAAAAGUGCUAUGAUGUCCACUGUCAAUUCCCGGCGAUGAUCUGUAUCUCAUGCAAGGUUAUUGAGUGUCGUAAAAACUGCUCCGCCAUCUUCCAUAUGUGCAAGGAAGAGGAGCACAAGCUCCUAUGUUCAAAUGAGAUGGUCCCUUGCCUCAACGUCAACUAUGGCUGUCCUCUUACCAUGCUGCGCCACAGGCUAGCCAAACACCUGGAGGUAUGUCCUGCCAGCGUGGUCUGCUGCUCUCAGGAGUGGAACCGCUGGCCUGUUUCAGAAAAUGAUCUGGCCUUCUACAGAAAUGUUUCAGAAAACCAUCAAACUGAGAGGAACCUUGAUGUUGCUAUGGCCUUCAGGGACCAAGAGCUGCUGUUUCGAUCCAUCAAAAUGAAGAAUGUUUUUCCUGAGUUGAUGGAGGAGAAUGGUGCAUAUCAGAAUGUUCAAACUGGGAUCAACAAUCCUGCUGAUGAAGCUACGUGCUCUUCAGAUAGUUGUGGUUUCCAGGAAAUUGGCUGGAGGACAGAGGAAGAACUGAGCCAAGAGGAGUUGAAUGCUUUGGCAAAGAGCGGAGAGGUGGAUGGUGUUCAGAACUACAGUUCCUGGGAGAAAAUGUUCAACAAGGAGCAGGGGGGAUGCAAGCAAACUGUCAAAAACGUGAACAAAAGUAAAGAAAAGGGAAGCGCAAAGGAAAAGCAUAAAUCCUCACACUGUCAGGUGAAGACAAGAGACUCACACCCGAGUCAAGAAAUCGCGUGUGCCUCUCAAAGCAUGGAGGGUUCAACUGGCUUUGCGCCAUGGCAAGAUGGGAUCCUUGAAAGGUUAGGCAGAGAACUCACCCUUGCUGAAUUUAAUAGGUACCUGGUGCACAAUGGGGCAAUGUUGAUCAGCUUUGGUCAACUCCCUGCUUGCACCCCACGAGAAAAGGAUUUUGUUUAUGGGAAAUUGGAGCCCAUCGAGGUUAAAACCGUCCGCACAUUUAAUGUUCCUACCAGCUAUCGACCAAAGCGUAAUUAUCUGAGGGACUCCAAACAGAAGGUGAAGAUCAAUGUCUGUGUUGACACGGCAGAUUUAGGCGUGUCAGUCAAGGAUCUUCCGAAGUGUGAUGAGAUUAGCGCCACACUCUUGCAAUCCCUGGAAAAGGAAUUGAAAGGACAUUUAAUAUCACAGAGUGCAGGGAGUGACGGCUUUUACGUUGAUAUAGGAACACAAACGUAUAACUUUGCCUCUUCCCCCUUUAAACCGGAUGCAACGUUAGCUGACGUCGUCGCAGACAAACCUCCCAGUCUCUGUGUACAAGUCAAUGCAGAAUCUGUCACUAGAAGACACAACAAAGCAAGUUCAGCCUUCACCUACAUUUGUGGCCACUUCUUUCGACGUGAUGAAUACGGCUCUCACUUUAGGAAUGUGCACUCCGACAUACAGGCCUCUAUAAGUGGUUGGUUCCAACAACGCUGCCCCCUAGCAUACCUCGGCUGCACUUUCACCCAGACCAGGUUUCAACCUGCGGGUCUUCAAGCUACAGUUAAAUUCUGUCAAGAUGUCAGUGCCUUUGUCCUCCAGCCAGAGGACCCUACAUUGCUCUGUGAAGAUGGGAACACCUUCAGCCGUCAGAGGAAUGCUUCACAUAAUCAGGAUCCCCUGAGCAUCCUGCCUCUGGAGAUCCUUCAGCUCAUUGCUGGUUACCUUGACAGUUUUACAUUAUCUCAGCUGUCCCAGGUCUCCCAUCUGAUGAGAGGGGUGUGUGCCACAUUGUUGCAGGAGAGGGGGAUGGUCUCACUUAAGUGGAAGAAAAAGACAUAUUCCCAUGGGGGAAGCUCCUGGAGAUGUCGAAAGAAAGUUUGGGAGUUUAGUUCUCUGUUUUCUUCUGUGGACAGAUGGAGCUUCAGCAACAAUCCCUCCAUGUCAGAUCACCUGAAAACCUGCGCCUUUUACCAGAGAGAGGAGCACACUGAGCCGGUGGCUUUAGUUUGCCUGGGAGAGGUCAGAGACAAGCACGGAGAAGCAAAGCAUAAAAUAUAAUGUUCAUAGUCCCAGAGCUCAGUGGGCGGACCACAACACGAGUGAUGCCACGUUUAGAAUCACUCGGCUGUGAUGUGUCCUCCAAAUAUACAGCUACUGUAGAGCAAUAAAAGGGACUGCUGAGCUGCAGUGUUUAAGCCCUGCAGACAUAAACUGGACGGUAUUGUCAAUAAUUCAUUUGAGCAUGAACUGAUUUUCUGAGGAUUUUGAUGAGAUUUACUUAACCGUUAAAUAAUUUAGGCUGUAAGUGGGAAAAAUGCUUUAAUAUCUAUUCAUCCUGUGUUUUCCCUCCCCUAAAUGAACCCUCUGAGGACACUUACUUCACUUUGUUUGAGAGAUGGCCUCAUUUCCUGUAAUGUCAGAUAAUUUUGACUUUUUUUUGGCAUACUGAGUGGACUAAUGUUGUUUGUUCCAUCCUAUUUCAGUCUUGUGUUGAAAGCAUUGUUUAGAAGACACAGGGGAGCUGUUGUUGACAGUUUCAAACAUGGCAAGACUGGCAUCUACUGGAGAGAAGCGGAAGUGCGUCCUAUGUUAGGAGUGGACUAAUGACACAUCAUAAAACAAGCUUGGUAUUUGAAUGCUUAGCUCAAUUUCAUGUAUCCUGUAUAUCACUUUUAAUGAGGCACAACAGCACAUGGGCUGUGAUGAGGACACUGACGACUUUGUUUCUAAUUUUGACUGUCUUUUAAGUAAAAUGAGAAUGUGACCCUGACAUUAAUACAUCUGACUUGCAGUUGGCCUCAUUUAUUUUCAGCAGCAUACAGUCAAUGGAAUAAAAAAUGAAAUCAAAAACUGUAAAAUGUUCUUUUAUUAACC